CAUCAGGCCGUGUGCUGAGAGUGACGCAAUCGGAACGGUGACCGCGAGACUUAUCCUCGGGGAAGACGCGACCGACGUAUCUACAUGCAUACGUGAACACGUCCGUUACCGUCGUGCCUGCACCGCGUCAGAAGAGGACAGAGCGAGGCGGGGUGGCAGAAGCCGAAGAAGAGUUUCGGCGAACGAACAGAACCGUACGAACCUUCAUCGUGGCCGCAUUAGUCGAUCUUCCACCUUGGUGAGCACGUUAAAUUGCGCACGAGAAACGGUAACGACACGCGCUUCGAAUCGUUCGACAGUUGAAGAAGCGACCGACGAAUUUUCAUCCGAUAUAAAUCAGAAGGAAGGGAAAAUGGUUUACGAGAGCGACUUCUACACGACCCGGCGGCCCUAUUCGCGGCCCUACGUCUCGUCCUACAGUGUCACGUGGGAUCGACCGAUCACUUUACCGAUCUCCACGAUUCUUCAGAUUAGAAGCAUGCCUCGCAUGCCGUACGUGGCUCACAAACGGCUCGUGACUGUAAUCCACACGCCGUACCAUAGCGUGUACCACGGCGGCAGCCUGAUACCGAUAAGAAUUCACGCGCGCGUGCGUCCGAGCGUCCUCGCCGCCGAGAUCAACAGGCUACAGUACCUGAUGAGGCCCUCGACCGAGUCCUACACGGGAAAGUACCUCCGAUCCAAGGAUUACAUCUAUUUCGACGACGAGGCGAAGGAAAUACGCGCGAGGGUGGAUUCUCUUCUUCGCCGUGUUCACGUGUUCAUUCCACGAGCCGCAGCAAGCGACUUCACGGAGGAAAUUAUACCGGAACGAAUGCGCAGCGGCGAUUACGUGCGUCGACUAAUUUCCGGCAAGCAAAACGAGAAGAGGACCGACUUUGUGCCGAUCUCCUGGUACGAGGUGCCCGAACGGGGUAACUUCGGUACAAUGGCCUGCGUCAAGUACGUCGCCGGUAAACCGCAAUCGGUCAGGAGACCGUACUACAAGGUCGCCGAUUUACGCCCGUCGGACAUCAAAAACGACGUCAAUUUUUUGAGUUACUAUAGCAAGAACCGCGAGGCGGCCGCUAACGCCUCACCAGACGAGCCGAUGACAGAAAGAGAAUUGCGGAAGGCGCGAGCUUUGCAACCCGACGUCGACGUGUCGACGUUAAGGAAAGCAACGGUUAAAACAGAGAAAGAAGAGCCUAAAGAAAAGAAAAGAGGAUCGAAACGGGGAAAGACGGAGACAAAGGAGGAACCCGUCAAAGCUCCAUUGGCAUCCGUGAGGGAACCAGAACCUGAACCCCUAGAGAAAUCCCAACCAGAUCCUGAACCCGUAAAGGAACCCGAACCUGAACCCGUGAAAGAGCCAGAGCCCGUUAAGGAACCUGAGCCAGAACCGAAACCUGUGAAAGAAUCCAAAAAGAAAGCUAAACUUACAAAAGAAGCUAAGCCUGUGAAGGAACCAGAACCCGUAAAGGAGCCUGAGCCUGUAAAGGAACCAGAACCGGUGAAGGAGCCUGAGCCUGUAAAGGAACCAGAACCCGUAAAUGAGCCUGAGCCUGUAAAAGAACCUGAGCCUGAACCCGUUAAAGAACCUGAGCCUGAACCCGUUAAAGAACCUGAGCCUGAACCCGUUAAAGAACCUGAGCCUGAACCCGUUAAAGAACCUGAGCCUGAACCCGUUAAAGAGCCUGAGCCCACUAAGGAACCAGAACCCGUCAAAGAACCAGAAUCCGAACCCGUUACGGAGCCUGAACCAGUAAAAGAGCCUGAACCCGAGCUCGCGAAAGAACCGGAAGUAAUCGCGGAGCCCGAGAACGUGCCGGAACCUGUCAAGGAACCGCAACAAGAAUCAGAAACGGUGGAAGAACCGACAGCGGAGCCGACAUCUGGGUCGGAGUCCAAACAAGAAUCGGUGCCGGAAACGAGUUCAGAACCUCCAGCCGCGGAAGCUGUAAGUGAAUCAGCAGAAACAGACGAGGCGGAGAAAGAGGGCGAGGAUGUGAAGCAAGAUAAGGAGGAAGCCAUUACGAAAAUCGAAAAGUACCUUAUCAAAGCUGCCGAGGAGGCAAAGAGCACCGCGGAGGGGAAACGGGCUGCCCAGGAUGAGAGAGUGAAACUCGAAUUGGAAGAGCAAAAGGUGUGGGAAGCAGUGCAGAUAGCGCAGGAACGGGUGGCUCAUCUUGAUGAGAUUAUUGAACAGGAGAAGGCUGCCGCCGAACUCGAAGCCGAGGAGGAGAAAAUCGUGGCCCAGCGUUUGGAGACCGAGAUCAUAAUCCAGGCGGAGAGGAAGAUAGUGGAGGCUCAAACGACGGCUUUGCUGGAGGAACAGAAACGGAUGAUAAUCGAGGAAAAUUUGGAAAAGGCACGUGAUAAUAAGGAGGAGAAGGAAGAGAGACUGGCCAAUGUUACGUUCGACGAUCCUGUCGACGAAGUGAAAGACCACGAGCAUUGCCACGACGACGUGAUAACGUGCGAUAUCACUGAUCAAGAGAGAGAGGAAAGGCCGUAUGACCCAGUCACGGACGACGAUACUAGGAUCGAAGAGGAGAACGUACACGAGGAAGAGCACUUUGAGUUAUCGGAAGAUCCCUUCGUGGAAGAGCCAGAAGGCGCAGACUGUAAAGCGACUGGUGGCAAUUCGGUGGAGGGAUCGACGAAGAUCGAAGAGGUGACGUCGGGUGGUGAGGACAAUUUCGAAUGGGGUGACCAAGACGCUUAGAAUCGCCCCGUACGUGCUAUGAUCGCCAAAGGAUAAAUAUUUGCUAAUCACGAAUGUCGUUCAGCUUGAAUCGCUUUAAAUUUCGAUGUUCUUUAUUUAUUAAUGUACGCGUUACGAUUCGUUGCUAGAAAGAGGCAACCAGUCGAUCGAUAGCGAACAUCGAUCUAUCUCGGUCUGCUUCGGAAGCUUUGAACGACCACACGAGAAGCGGUCCUAAAUUUUGUUUAAUGGUUUUAGCAAUGUGUCAGAAAUUCUGAGGGGUAAAAGACAAUUUUUUUUUAGACAAACUGCUUAGUGAGUAGUAGAUUAUCGUACGCUUCAUUCUAUUUACGUCGAAUAACUUAUUCCGUUGUACGUCAGUUUCACUCGAUCGAUAUCAUAUUUUAUUUAAUAUUAUUUAUUGACAAAGUAACACGACGAUUGUUCGAAGAAGGGGAACGAGCAUACUACAAACGAUUCAUUCGAAUCAUAGGAUUCUGUGUAUUAAAAUAUUUCGAGGGCCAGUGUCUGGUCUUUGUGUCUUUCACGAUCAAAAUCAACAAAUAUUUAUUACGUUACUACUCUCAGUCUCGAUUCAUUCUGCACUAUUCACAUUUGUAGCAUGCACUCUAUGUUCACGCGAUACGUAUUUUGUCUACACUCAUACAGCAAUAAAUAUUAACAUUUGAAUAUUUA